AUCCCUGCUCACCAUGGCAACGGCAUUUAUUCAAGCCUCAAACCUUCAUUUUAUCGUGGGAUCACUUAGUGCCACCAGUUCUUUUCUGAACUUGACUGUUUUUGGAGACAUCGAGAACAACUCUUCACCAUGGAAGGUCACCUGAACAAGGGGAGCCAGACGAAGCAUCUGUUUGUACCCGACAUGGAGUAUGUCUACGACACGGACACAUCCGUUUGGAAUUGUUCCUCCUUGUAUCGGGAGCCGUUUGAAGAAAGCCCUAGAGAUGGGCUUCCACCUCUGGCCUUUCCUAGAGUCAGCCCAGUUGGAUCUAGAAGAGGGAGGGAAGUCCAGCAGGCCAACAAACCACAGAGAAAACCUCUGCAAUUACCUGGAACUGGGCCUGUCCAGUUCACCAAGACCCUGUCUGAAACCACGAUAAACACGAAGGAUCUUCAGAGCCAGGUGGACCAUCUGCAGAAAAAACUGACUGAGGCCAGGACCGAAAACCACCUGCUAAAGGAGCUUUUGCAUCUUCACACGGUGGCGCUGAAGUUCUACCAGGCCCCACAGAACGGCAUUAAUGAGAUUACAGUCAAGCACAAGGAGGCCACGGCUUUGGCGGAGUUGCUUAAUGACAGCUAUGUUGUCCGUGACGGCUUAGCAGAGCAGCUCCAGGCCACUGAGAAGAAGCUGGAGGCCACCAGGAACAAGCUCCAACAGCUGCUCCGACAUCCGCCCAGCCUGCUGGAGGAAGAGGAGGUCUCUGUUAGACUGAUCAAAGCCACUGAGGAGCUGCAGGAGAAGGAGCGGAGGAUACAGGACCUGGAGAAGAAGCUGGAUGACUGCCGAUCCACACUAAAGUGGCAGCUGUUGAUCCAAAAGCUAAAAAGCGACAAAGCCAGGAACGAAUCUUGGAGGCACAAAUAAUUUAAAAAAACGUUAUAAAACAUCUCACUUUUGAGAUUCUAUCAUAAAAAUAAACUUGAGGCGUCUUAAACACGCAUUCCAUCAUGA